AUGGAGCCCACCAAAGUCCAGUCAGAUGGUGGCCUCAAUGUCACCCUUACCAUCCGCCUCCUCAUGCAUGGAAAAGAGGUUGGAAGUAUAAUUGGAAAGAAAGGGGAAACAGUGAAAAAGAUGCGAGAAGAGAGCGGAGCACGAAUCAAUAUUUCUGAGGGCAGCUGUCCUGAGAGGAUUGUCACCAUCACUGGACCAACAGACACCAUCUUCAAGGCUUUUGCUAUGAUUGCCUACAAAUUCGAGGAGGACAUAAUCAAUUCCAUGAGCAACAGCCCAGCAACCAGCAAGCCCCCCGUCACCUUAAGGCUUGUCGUGCCGGCCAGUCAGUGUGGCUCCCUCAUAGGUAAAGGAGGCUCCAAGAUAAAAGAAAUGAGAGAGUCCACAGGGGCCCAGGUCCAGGUGGCGGGGGACAUGCUGCCCAACUCCACAGAACGUGCUGUGACAAUCUCUGGGACCCCAGAAGCCAUCAUCCAGUGUGUCAAACAAAUCUGUGUGGUCAUGUUGGAGUCUCCACCAAAAGGUGCCACCAUCCCUUAUCGCCCAAAGCCCGCCGCCUCCACCCCAGUCAUCUUUUCUGGUGGCCAGGCCUACACAAUUCAGGGACAAUACGCCAUACCACAUCCAGAUUUGACCAAGCUCCACCAGUUGGCUAUGCAGCAAACCCCCUUUACCCCUCUCGGACAGACCACCCCUGCUUUCCCUGGUACUGACUUUUUUUCUUAUCUCAUUGCUCCCAAUUCAGGUUUGGAUGCCAGUCCACCCGCCAGCACCCAUGAACUCACCAUUCCCAAUGAUCUAAUAGGCUGCAUCAUUGGACGCCAGGGAACCAAAAUAAAUGAGAUUCGACAGAUGUCUGGAGCGCAGAUCAAAAUUGCGAACGCCAUGGAGGGCUCGUCUGAGCGCCAGAUCACCAUCACAGGGACUCCGGCUAACAUCAGCCUAGCUCAGUACCUCAUCAAUGCCAGGCUGACGUCUGAAGUCACUGGAAUGGGCACACUCUAA